CAGGUCUCAUUUAGGAGACCACUUUACUUUCUACAUCAUUUUCAUUAAAAGGACAAUCCUUCACUCCUCCGUACGCAAUGGAUUCUGUUGAACAACAACAGGAGGAUGAGUGGGAGGCAAUACAAGCCAUUUAUCCAGACAUUUUACUAGACCUAACGCCUAAAGAAAGUGCUUGGAAUAAGAAACCACCACAUAAAUUCAGUCUUCAUGUAUCAUCUGAUACCUCAGAUCAAAAGGUAUGUUCAUUAGAUCUUGAGAUUGAAUUCACAGCCACAUAUCCUCUUUCUCCACCAUUAUAUCGACUUACAAAUGUCCAAAAUAUAAUGGAUUCACAAUUGAGUAGGAUAAAAGAAAAGUGCAAACAACUCCUGAAGGAAUACAAGGGCCAGCCAAUUGUUUUCAUACUAUACAGUGAAAUAUUUGAAUAUUUGAGUGAAAUUAAAAGUAGUAUAAAGAAUGAGUCUUUGGAAGACGAACGAAAAAGAAGAAUUAUGAAUGAGCAACUGGAACUUGAAAAAAUGCAGCAACAGGAGCAAGAAGAACUGGAGAUCCAGAGGGAGAAGGAGCAGGAAUUACUGGACGAAAUGGUUGAGAUGGAGAUGAAGAGGCGAUAUCAGAGUGGCAACGACAAUUUCCAAGAGUUUAUGGAAUCAUAUACCGACAAUAAACCCGAUUUUGACCAAACCAGUGAGUUGCCUCCAUCACAAUUCGAAAGCAACAAGACAUUAUCUGAGGAUCAUUUGAUACCCAACACUGAUAUAGGAAUGAACUGUUUUCUUUUUGAUAAACCAAUCACCAUUCAACUAAGCUGGAUCAACUUCAAAUUCAGAGCAAUCACAGGUUUUGUCCCAAUUGAGCCCAAUGGCCUAUUGAAAGACAUUUCUAAGCAAUAUCUGGUAAAGCCAUAUAUUAAAGAGGACACUCCAACUUUUCGAGCAAUCACCGAUGCUUUAAAUGAGAGCAAACAAUUUAGUGUUGGUCGAAAAUACGGGAAGAAUAAAAAGGGUUAUGAAAAGGAUUUGCAAUAUCUGUUGACUGAAGUUGAACUAAAUAAUCCAUUUUGGAAAGGAAGCCAGGGCAAGAAGUCCAUACUAACGUUAGAGAAAGAGCUACAAGCCGUUUGUGAUUUGAAACAGGACGAUGUCAUUGCUUUUCAUAUAGAGAAGAAAGAAAUUUUGUCAAAUGGAGAAGAAUCGCUACAUAACUCAGCAGCAAAGAAAAUCAGUAAAAAGAUGAAUUUGAAGAAUGAAACAGAGAAGCUUUGUAUUUGGAAAGUUAGGAUUUUGUCUAAAUAUUCUGAUACUUUAGGCGACUUGCUGCAGUCUAUUUCUUACGUUAACAUAAAUACUGCAAGAGAAUGGACAAUACAAUUGUUGGAAAAUCUAGAAUAUUUACACAAGCAAGGUCUUAUCCACAGAUGCAUCACUCUAGACUCGGUUUCAAUCAACCAACCAGAAUCAACAGAGUCGACUAGCGUGAAAUUGAAUAGUAUAACAUACGGCUACACGCUUAUGAGCAUGUUAUAUAAUUAUCCAAAUUUGAAUCAAUCUGACAAUGAAGACCUUCUACCAUUUGCUGAGAGUGGGUGGAUUGCACCUGAAAGAGUCAACUCUAAAAACAAUCUUCUAUAUACAAAGCCUCAGCGGAAAACAGAUGUUUGGGAUUUAGGUGUUAUUGUGCUACAGAUGAUAUUGGGUACAGACAUUGUAUAUGAGUUUCAAAAUCCAACAGAUUUCUUUACUCAUUGUUCUGGCUUGGAUGAUGGGAUCUACCAGUUUUUAGAUAGCAUUUUUGAGUUCAAAACUAAAAAAAGACCUGACCCGCUAGAGCUUUUGCCUUCUAAAUUUUUGAGAUUAUCAUCGCAUACAUCUCCAUUAGAAACUUUAUUGAACAAAACUUCAUCAAUGACACGGAAUGAUCCAUCUUAUAACAACAACAGUAAUGGUGGAAUGGAAACUUCUACUGCAACACUUAUUCAUAACAGUAGCAAUGGAAACUCACUGAUUCCUAAUCGAAGGCUGAAGAGGGAGUCUUUUGGUUUAUCCACCUUCGCUCCUAAGUUUUACUCUAGAUAUGCUCAAGAUUUCGAAGAAGUCUGCGUUUUAGGAAAAGGUGGGUUUGGUGAGGUUGUUAAGGCCAGAAACAGACUUGAUGGUAGGUUUUAUGCAAUCAAAAAGAUCAGACACACGGAAGAUAAACUUUCGAAAAUUUUGAACGAGGUCAUGUUAUUGGCAAGAUUAAAUCAUCAGUACGUGGUCCGAUAUUUUGCUGCUUGGCUAGAGGAUGAUCACGAUUUUGGUUCUUCUGCUAUUGACUCGAGUGAUGAUGAGUUUGAUUCUAAAGAUGAAGAAGACAGCUACGAUGAUAGUGACAGCGAUCUUCCCUCUUUCAGCGAUACUAGAACAAACAGUCAAAGCUUCACGGAUUUUAUUUCUGGCUCACAUAAUCAAUCUAUCGAUUUUACAUUCUCAGAUGAUGAUUCGGAUAUUGAAGAGGUACCUAGUAAAAGUGAUUCAGAAGAUGACAAUGUAAAUGACGGAGACGAGGAAGAAGAUUGUACUGAUGACCCUUUUGAGUUUGGUACUCCAGAAGCUACAGAUCGACCAAGCAAAACAUUGAAAAAUAAAAAGAAAAGCAAGAAACGAUCUGUUUUAUUUAUUCAAAUGGAGUAUUGUGAGAAUAGAACUCUUUUUGAUUUGAUUCGUCAAGGGUUGCCAAACGAUGCUGACAAUUAUUGGAGAAUUCUGAGGCAGAUAUUGGAAGCAUUGGCUCAUAUACAUGCUCAGGGAAUAAUCCAUAGAGAUUUGAAACCCAUGAACAUUUUCAUUGAUGAGAACCAGAAUGUUAAAAUCGGUGACUUUGGAUUGGCUAAAAAUGUCCACAACUUAUCAGCUAUGAAUACAUCACCUAAUAAAUUGGAAUUCCAUAAAUCCGCAGAAGAGUUGACUUCAGAAAUUGGUACUACUCUAUACGUGGCUGAUGAAGUCCUUAAUGGAAAUGGUAACUAUAAUGAGAAGGUGGAUUUAUAUUCUUUGGGUAUUAUAUUUUUUGAAAUGAUUUAUCAGUUAGGCACAGCCAUGGAAAGAUAUACAGCUAUCAGGAAUUUACGAACACCUUCAAUUGUUUUUCCUUCUGAUUUUGACAGCAAAAGAUUAAAUACUGAAAAGAAAAUCGUCAAAAUGCUGCUUGAUCAUGAUCCAGACAAGAGACCAUCUGCUCAAGAGUUGCUAAGCAGUGGAUUAAUUCGUGUCCAGCAACAAGACGAUUUGAUGAAAGAAGCCCUAAAUGCUUUGGUAGAUCCUUCUUCAGCGUGGAAUCAUCAAGCACGAAAUAUACUAUUUUCACAACCAUAUAGCUUUGCAAAAGAUUUGUUGUUCGGGGAUAAUAUAAAAACCCCUGACGUUAAGGACAUUCUACUACACGAGAAAAUUGUGCAUGAACUAGAGAACAUCUUCAAAAAUCAUGCGGCGGUUAACUUCAAUGAUACCAGUGGGAAAAUAAUUCCGAAGAACCCCUUGUAUGAUUCAAAUUAUAUGCUUUACCAAGUUUUGGACAGAUCCGGUUCGGUGUUACAAUUACCAUAUGAUUUAACUUUACCAUUUGCAAGGUUACUAGGAAGAACCAAAAUAAAAGCUCACAAAGUUUAUCGUAUUGAUUGUGUGUAUAGAUCGAACGAGAAAGAUGAGAGUGCAGGUCCUUUGAAAUUCAAAGAAAUUGACUUUGAUAUUGUUACCAAUGCGAACGAUCCAGUUGAUUAUUUACCAUUUUAUGACGCAGAAUGUAUCAGGGUAGGAGCUGAAAUUGUUAACAUUUUUCCAUUCUUGAAAACACAAAAUGUGAAAAUUUUGUUGAAUCAUUGCGGCUUGAUGGAAACCGUUCUUGAGUACUGCGGUAUUGAAACAGCUCAAAUUCAAAUAGUUUCAAGGAUUCUUUCUGAGGUCGGAUUUACUAAAAAUAUGAAAGAAGCAAAAACAAUUUUGAAGCAAGAGUUGAAUAUCUCAAGCACCGUAUUGAAUGAGCUGGUCCAAUUUGAUUUUAGUAAUAAUAUUUCAAGCUGUACUACGAAGCUAACAAAACUCAUGCUAGACAGUCCCUUGUUGACUCGUGUAGAUACUGCUUUAAAUUAUCUAGGCAAAGUGAUCAGCUAUCUUGAAAAAUUUGAAGUAGACAUUACGGUUGAGAUCAAUCCAUUUUGUGGAUAUAAUGCACAUUUUUACAAAAGUGGUUUGAUGUUUGUAAUUGUUCAUGAAGAGAAGUUCAAGUCCGUCAUUGGGGCAGGUGGUAGAUAUGGUGGAUUGAUCACUGAAUUGGCUAGAAAUAAGAGUCCAAAAAGUUUACCAAAUGCUGUCGGAUUAAGAGUUGCGUGGGAUUUUCUUUUCAAUUCUAUGAAAAAAUAUCAAGAGAUUUUCAAUAAUGGUGAUAAAAUGUCAAAGGUUGCUAACAAAUUUCAAAAAGUUAAAAAGUCGUCUGUCGAUUGGAUGACACAAAAGUGUGAUGUUUUGAUUGGAAUUUUCACAACCAAUCUUUUGAAAGAAGUGGUUCCUUAUUUACUUAACGAAUUAUGGAGGGCUGGAAUAAGCGCUGAUGUUAUAAAAAACAAGCUCAGUUUGGAAGACAUGGUCAACCAGGCUCAGGAUGAUAAUGUCAAGUUGGUGUUGUUUAUUAAGGCACAAACCACACUUAGCGCUUUACAGAGAGAAAAACCAAGCAAAUAUAAACCAAUGAGGCUAAGAAAUUUGGACACGAAAACCGAUAUUGAGCUGGACAUGUUUGAGUUGAUAUCUGUAAUUAAGUGUGAAAGAAACAGUAUAAAUUCGAGUGGGGACGAGAAUUUACAGGAGCAUCCAAGGUCUACGGCAAUGGCAACAACCAACACCAACAAUAGUUUUGGUGACCACGCACAUAUGAAUACGCUGGAAGAAAACCACAAGUUUAUAGUAGUGCCAAACAAUGCAGUUAAUGCCAACAAAAAGAGCAACAAGAGAGAUAAUUGGAGCAUCGAGGAAGAUGCUAAAAAGGCCACAUCGGAUUUGCUUGGCCAAAUGUCUAAUGUUUCUGUUCUUAUCAUUGAAACUAAAGAAGAAGUAUUAGACAUGAUUGCAAUAACGUCCAUCCAUCAGGCAGAUGAAUGGAAACGUAGGGUGGGAGGUAUUGCAAGAGACACUCCACGUAGCUUUAUCACCAACAUCUAUAAUGCGUUGAUUAAAGAAGCUUCUCGUGGUGUGAGGUGGGCCAUUGUUUACGGCGGACAUAAAACAGACAAAGUGUGUGUUGUGGAUCUACAGAGAUGAUUUUGACAUUAGAAUAUUCAUCAUAAGUGUGUAUAUACUUUAUUUAUUUAUAUAGGGAAAGGGUUUAUUUUCCUUGAUUUUCGUGACAUUAGUCUGGGAUUCCCUAAAAAGGAAAUUUAGCCGUCGGGUAAAUUGAUGAAUCGAGGAGG